ACACUCCCCCGCACUCGCAUCCCGACUGAUCCCAGCGCCCCGCGAUGUCCCUCCGCGCAGCCCUCGAGAACGGCGAGACCCCGCCAGAGACGUGGUCGUCCUUCAUGGCCGACAUAUACCGCAACAAGAACCCGCCGGUCAACACGACGUACGACUUUGACAAGCUCGAGGAGAAGGCGCGCGAGGUCACCAAGGACUACCACGCGGCGUUCUUGUACACGUUCGGCAGCGCGGGCUCGGGCUCGACGAACCGCGCCAACCGCCAAGCGCUCAAGCAAUGGCGCAUCGUCCCGCGCAUGCUCCGUGACGCCUCGGACCGCACCCUCGAGACGACGCUCUUCGGCGUGAAAUACAAGUCGCCGAUCCUCGUCGCCCCGAUCGGCGUGCAGGGCAUCAUGCACCGCGACGGCGAGCUCGCGACCGCCCGCGCGGCGGCGAAGGUCGGCGUCCCGUUCAUCAUGAGCUCCGCCAGCAGCCGCUCGAUCGAGGACGUCGCCGAGGCCAACGGCGCCGGGCCCCGCUGGUUCCAGCUCUACUGGCCCCGCACGGACGCAAUCACGCUCUCCCUCCUCGCGCGCGCCAAAGCCGCAGGCUUCACCGCGCUCGUCGUCACGCUCGACACGAUGCUCCUCGGCUGGCGCCCACACGACCUCGACGCCGCCUACCUCCCCUUCGCGCACGGCGUCGGCAUCCAAAUCGGCACCUCCGACCCCGCGUUCAUGGCCGCCCAGCAGCUCCCCGUGCGCCCGCGCGAGCGCCCCGCGUGGCCGUUCGACGCCGCCGCGCUCGACGCGCGCCUGCGCGCGGGCGACGCGGAGGCGCGGGCGAACGCGCGGCUCGGCGCGCGCUGGCUGGCGCAGCUGAACUCGGGCUUGUUUCGCACGUGGGAGGACGUCGCGUUCCUGCGCGCGCAUUGGGAGGGGCCGAUCGUGCUCAAGGGGAUCCAGGCGGUCGCGGACGCGCACCGCGCGAUGGACGUCGGCGUGGACGGCAUCGUCGUCUCGAACCACGGGGGGAGGCAGAUCGACGGCGCGGUGCCGUCGUUCGUCGCGCUGGAGCAGAUCAUGCUGUCGCGGCGCGUGACGGACGCGCAGCGCGCGGGGACGUUCACGGUGCUCUUCGACUCUGGAAUCCGCUCCGGGAGCGACGUGAUCAAGGCGCUCGCGAUGGGCGCCCAGGCAGUCCUCGUGGCGCGGCCGUACAUGUACGGGCUCGCGGUCGGCGGGGAGCGGGGCGUGGAGGAGGUGCUGCGCGCGCUGCAUGCGGACACGGAGAUCACGCUUGGUUUGAGCGGGUACAAGAACGUGGGGGAGGUGUGGCACAAGAAGGAGGAGGUCAUGGUGAAGGUGUGAGGCACAGGAGGGUACAGGCUAUUAUCAAUACAGCUGCCCGGAGGCUGUGCGAUCGCGAUCGGGCGCGUACGUUGUGCGCCGCGGCGUGUGUGUGUGUGUACCAACAGAUGUUGUAGUGUUAUGCGGGACGGUGUUGUACAUUAUCCAGCUAC